CGCACCCGCGAAAAAAUGGCGAGGGCGCCGGGGAAGAUCCGCUGCUCGCCGCCAGUGCCGCCGCCGUUGGUGCUGCUGUUGCUGGCCGCGGCCGUGCCCUCUGGCUCGGAAGGGCAGCCGGUCUCCUUCCACGCGGAUGUGAACGGCCACAGCCUGCACCCACCUUACUUCAACCUGGCCGAGGGGACCAAGAUCUCGGCCACCGCGACCUGCGGCGAGGAAGACUCCGGCGCCAAGACCCCCAGAGCCGUGGAGGAUUUGUACUGCAAACUCGUGGGCGGGCCGGUGGCAGGAGGGGACCCCAACCAAACCAUCCAGGGUCAGUACUGUGACAUCUGCUCAUCGGCCAACAGCAACAAAGCCCAUCCCAUCACCAAUGCUAUAGAUGGCACUGAGCGCUGGUGGCAAAGCCCUCCUCUUUCGCGAAGGCUGGAAUUCAACGAGGUCAACGUCACCUUGGAUCUUGGACAGCUCUUCCAUGUGGCCUACGUUCUGAUCAAGUUUGCAAAUUCCCCUCGCCCAGACCUGUGGGUGCUUGAGCGGUCAACGGAUUUUGGACUUACAUAUGAACCUUGGCAGUACUUUGCCUCUUCCAAGAGAGAUUGUAUAGAGAAAUUUGGCCUGAGGACUUUGGAACGGAUAACCAAAGACGACGACGCCAUCUGCACCACUGAAUACUCCCGAAUUGUGCCCUUGGAGAAUGGCGAGAUUGUGGUCUCUUUGGUGAACGGGCGUCCGGGAGCCAUGAACUUCUCUUAUUCCCCUCUGCUAAGGAAUUUCACCAAAGCCACCAACAUUCGGUUACGCUUCCUGCGGACUAACACCCUACUUGGGCAUCUGAUGGGAAAGGCUUUACGAGACCCGACCGUGACCAGGAGGUAUUACUACAGCAUCAAAGAUAUCAGCAUUGGAGGACGGUGCGUAUGCCAUGGUCACGCUGACGUCUGUGAUGCCAAAGACCCUACGGAUCCUUAUAGGUUACAGUGUGACUGUCAGCACAACACCUGUGGAGCGUCAUGUGAUCAUUGCUGCCCAGGCUUCAACCAGAUGCCAUGGAAACCAGCCACAACCGACAGCGCCAAUGAAUGUGAAUCCUGCAAUUGCAACGGCCAUGCCUAUGAUUGCUAUUAUGACCCAGAGGUGGAUCUUCACAAGGCCAGCACAAAUCGCGAUGGUCUGCUUUCAGGUGGAGGUGUAUGCAUUGACUGCCAGCAUCACACAGCGGGUGUCAAUUGCGAGAGGUGCAGCCCAGGAUACUAUAAAUCCCCAGACCAUCAAAUAGAUUCACCAUACAUUUGCUAUCGUUGCAAUUGCGACUCAGACUUCACAGAUGGCACCUGUGAGGACCUCACUGGCCGCUGUUACUGCAAGCCGAAUUACACAGGGGAGCACUGCGACUCGUGUGCAGAUGGCUACAUGGAGUUCCCGCACUGUUAUCCUGAACCCGUUUACUCUUACAAUGACACUGGAGAGCAAGUCCUCCCAGCUGGGCAGAUAAUAAACUGCGACUGCAAUGUUGCCGGGACAAGAGGGAACGCCUGCCGGAAAGAUGCUCAAACGGGGUUGUGUUUGUGUAAACCCAACUUCCAAGGGACUCAGUGUGACCAGUGUGUGCCUGGCUACUAUGGACCAGGUUGCCAACCAUGCCAGUGCGCUGGCCCUGGCUACUAUGAUGGCACAUGUGACAGUGAGACUGGCCAGUGUCUUUGUCGAGCUGGAUUUGAAGGCUACACAUGCGAUCAGUGUGCCCCUGGCUACUUCAACUACCCACUGUGCCAGCUUUGUGGCUGCAGUGCUGUUGGGACAUUGCCAGAAGGCUGUGAUGCCUCUGGAAGGUGCUUCUGCAGGCCAGAAUAUGUUGGGCCUCACUGUGACCAGUGCAGCGUUGGAUAUCAUUCAUACCCUCACUGCCAAGCUUGCUCCUGUGACCCCCGGGGUGCCCUAGACAACGACUGCAGCCCUGUUGGUCAGUGCCAUUGCCACUCAAAUUAUAUAGGCCACACAUGCAACCAGUGUGCCCCAGGCUUUUAUGGGUACCCUACCUGUACAGCUUGCCACUGUUCCGCCGAAGGCUCUCUCUAUGGCACCUGUGAUCAGGAGACAGGCCAGUGCAGUUGUCGGCAGCGAGUAAUGGGGCUGCGCUGUGAUACCUGCAUUCCUGGGGCUUACGGUUUCCCGCAGUGUGAAGUGGGCUCUUGUAAUCCUGCGGGGCUUGCAAAUGCGGACCCUUCCCUGCCGGUGGGGUUCUGCGAAUGUCGAGCCUAUGUGGAAGGUGAAGCUUGUGAUAGGUGCAAACCGCUCUACUGGAACCUGACUCCAGAUAACCCAUUUGGAUGCAUGAGCUGCCAGUGUGACACCAUGGGGACAGUUGCAGGUGUUGCUGAAUGCCAGCAAGGCGAUGGGCACUGCUUCUGCAAGCCCAAUACCUGUGGUCAGUCCUGUUCAACUUGCAAAGAAGGAUACUACAACCUGGAGAGCGGGAAUUACUUUGGCUGUCAAGGAUGCCACUGUGACAUCGGUGGGGCAGUCGGGCCGGCGUGUGACGAGAAGACUGGAUCCUGUCGCUGCAGACUGAAUACGCAAGGCCCCACUUGCACUCAACCAGCAAUAGACCAUUAUAUCCCUGACCUUCAUCACCUGAAAUACGAGCUGGAAGAAGGAACUGCGCUGGAUGGACGGCCUGUUCGGUUUGGCUACAACCCCUUGGAGUUUGAGAAUUUCAGCUGGAGAGGAUAUGCACAAAUGUCUUCCAUCCAGCCCAAGGUAGUGGUGACCCUCAGUGUGACCUCCCCUGACCUGUUCCGCCUCGUCUUCCGCUACGUCAACCGGGGGCCUGCAAAUGUGGAAGGGAGGGUCUCAGGCCUUGAGGAAGGAAAGUUUAAUGUUUGUGGCAACUGUAAUUUGCAACAUCAACCUAUUGUAUUUGUGCCCACCAAAGAGCCAGCUUUUGUCACUGUUCCUCAGAACAGCUUUGGGGAGCCGUUUGUGCUGAGCCCUAAUGUGUGGUCUCUGGUCAUUGAAGUCGAGGAUGUACUACUGGAUUACAUGGUCCUGUUGCCCAGUUCCUACUACGAGGCUCCUAUAUUGCAGCUCAGAGUCUCGGAUCCUUGCACCUACGGCCCAGCUCCUGAACAAGUUGGUCAGAACUGCCUCCUGUAUAAGUAUGUGCCUGUGGAGCAGUUCCCCUUUGGGUCAGGAGACGAUGCUAUAUGUAAGGUGGACAACAGCUUGCCGAGACCCUGUCCGAAAGAGCGGGUUUUGCCUACGUACCCUGAGAUGGUGGAAUGCAAUGGAAGAAAUGUAGAAAUACAGCUGUCGAUUGCCAUACCCCAGCCAGGGAAGUAUGCACUCCUGGUUGAAUAUGCCACUGAGGAUACUCCACAGACAAUCAAUGUAGUGGUCAGCUCACCGCAGCUUGCCAUUCAGCAGGGCACUCUCCUUAUAUACACCUGCAAGUACAGUUUCCUCUGCCGUGGGAUAGUUUUAGAUUCGCUAAACCGCCUGGCAGCUUUCGAACUGGCCACCGAAGCUACGAUUCAAUUCUCUGCAGAUCAGGCCCACUUCUUCUUGCACAAAGUGUACGUCAUCCCAUAUGAACAGUUCACUUUAGAGUUUGUGGAACCAAAUGUUCACUGCAUCAGUGUCCAUGGAGCAUUCUCACCAAACAGUAGCUCCUGUGUCCCAUCAAGGUAUCAGAAGAUUUCGCAGUCCAUUGUCUUGGAGGAAGGGCAGUUACUACCGGUUGCUCCUGGCUUCCCCCUGAUUCAUGCCUUUAGUGUCCCCCCAGUGGCUAUUCCACCUGCAGCUCCACUUCAGCCUCCUACCUUAUUAGACUCCUCUGCAGAGCUCAUCCUGCUAAAGGCUCCCCAGACAACUAUUGUGUUGAAUGGCCACAUCCAAAGUCUGGGGCGUUAUGCCUUCAUCCUGCACUGUUACCAGCCCAAUCACCCAACUUUUCCUGUGGAAGUGUUGAUCAAUGGUGGACGUAUUUGGCAGGGACAGGCUAAUGCUACUUUCUGCCCGCAUGGAUAUGGUUGUCGGAAUCUGGUAGUUUCAGAAAACCAAAUUGUUUUGGACAUUACGGAUAAUGACUUGAGUGUGGUCAUUCGUGUGCCAGAGAAUAGGUACCUUUGGCUGGAUUAUAUCCUCGUGGUUCCUGAAGACAGUUAUGGUUCCAGCUACCUUUCCGAAGAACCACUAGACAAGUCCUAUGAUUUCAUCAGCAACUGUGGAGUCAACAGCUUUUAUAUCAACCCUGCAACAUCCUCCAAGUUCUGCCAGGACUCUGCCACAUCUAUCUCUCUUUUUUACAACAACGGGGCCCAGCCUUGCCACUGCCAUGAAGCAGGAGCCAUCCGGAGCCAGUGUGAGCCGUUUGGUGGCCAGUGUGCUUGCAAGUCAAAUGUCAUCGGGCGAGAGUGUUCCCGCUGUGCUACAGGCUAUUGGGGUUUCCCCAGCUGCAGACCCUGCAACUGUGGAAGUCGCCUGUGUGACGAACUGACGGGGCAGUGCAUCUGUCCACCACACACCAUCAAACCCGAGUGUAUCGUCUGCGAGCCCCAGACCUUUGGCUGUCACCCACUGGUUGGCUGUGAGGACUGCAAUUGUUCUAGUCCUGGGACCCAAGAUCCAGCAGAGCCAGGAUGUAACAUAGACAGUGGACAGUGCAGAUGCAAACCCAACAUAGUAGGACGUCAGUGUGAUCUCUGCGCUCCAGGCUAUUAUGGUUACCCAAACUGCAGGAGCUGCAACUGUCACCAAGCAGGGACAAAAGCAAGUGUGUGUGAUCCAGUCACUGGGCAGUGCCACUGCAAGGAGAAUGUGGAAGGUCCAAGGUGUGACCAAUGCCACCUGGGGACGUUCUCUCUGGAUGCUAGCAACCCAAAAGGCUGCACCAGGUGCUUCUGUUUUGGGGCGACAGAUCGCUGCCACAGCGCUGAGAAGUACCGUGUAGAGUUUAUGGACAUGAGUGGGUGGAGUUUGCUCAGCGGAGACCGCCAGGAAGUCCCCACCUUGGUCAGCUUGGAAAAUGAGAUUGUUCGUGCUGAUCUCCGGAAUUUCCCAGAGGCCUUCCAGGAGCUUCACUGGCAUGCCCCCAGCUCCUACCUUGGAGACCAGGUUUCCUCCUAUGGCGGGUAUUUGCGCUAUGAGCUGCACUCAGACACCCAAAGGGGUGACGUGUUCAUACCGAUGGAGUCCCGGCCUGAUGUUAUUCUCAAGGGAAACCAAAUGAGCAUUAUGUUUCUUGAGAGCACCUACCCUGCCCCUGGAGACGUCUACGAAGGACAGCUCCAACUUUUGGAGGAUAGCUUCAGACACAGCGAGACUCACAACCCUGUCUCUAGGGAAGAGCUGAUGAUGGUUCUGGCAAAGCUGGAGCAGCUGCAGAUCCGGGCUCUCUUCUCCCAGAUCUCGUCGUCUGUAUCCCUGCAUCGGGUGACAUUGGAGAGAGCAACAGAGACUGGCAGGGGCCCCCAAGCCAGCAAUGUGGAGCUCUGCAUGUGCCCAGCCAAUUACAGAGGAGACUCUUGCCAGGAGUGCGCUCCGGGCUAUUACAGGGACACCAAAGGCCUCUUCCUGGGAAAAUGUAUUCCGUGUAAUUGCAACGGUCAUUCGGACCAGUGCCUUCCGGGAUCUGGAAUAUGCAUUAACUGCCAGCACAACACAGAGGGAGAUCACUGUGAAAGCUGCAAAGAUGGUUUUGUGGGGAACUCUUCACUUGAUGGGCCUCUGCAGUGCAUAGGGUGCCCCUGCCCUCUUUCGGUUGGGUCUAACAACUUCGCCAUUGGAUGCGUCCACAGAGGCUCUGCUACUCAAUGUCUGUGCAUGCCUGGUUAUGCAGGAGUUUCAUGUGAACGGUGUGCUCCGGGUUACUAUGGAAACCCUCUAGUGAUUGGCAGCUCCUGCCAGCCUUGUGACUGCAGUGGGAACGCCGACCCCAACAUGCUGUUCAGCGACUGUGACCCGUUGACAGGAUUCUGCACAGGGUGCAUGUACAACACGGCAGGGCCCCGCUGCGAAGUGUGUGCCCCAGGUUUUUAUGGAGACGCUGUGCUGGCAAAAAACUGCACUGAAUGCAGCUGUAUGUCAUGUGGGACGGAAUCAUGUGAUCCGAGGACUGGCAAGUGUCACUGUAAACCAGGAGUGACUGGGCAGCACUGUGACCGCUGUCAGGAAGGGCACUAUGGCUUCGAAACAUGCUCAGGCUGCCAGAGCUGCAACUGCGAUAUUGGAGCCACGAGCGCGGAGUGCCAUGCCCACAGUGGCCAGUGUAAUUGCAAUCCGGGUGUGACCGGCUCCCGUUGCCAGCAGUGCUCCCCUGGCUACUGGGGGCUCAACACAAACGGCUGCUCAAAAUGCCAUUGCAAAGGAGGCUCCUGUAACCCCCGGACUGGAGAAUGCACCUGCUCCAACGGCCUGACGGGGAAGCAGUGCAGCACCUGUAUUAAGAAGCACGAGAUCCCUGUGGUGGAUGGCCCAGACAGCAUGAGAUGCGAAGCUUGUGACAGCUGCGUGCUGCUUUUGUUGGAAGAUCUCGAGGAGAUUGGAAAUGCUUUUCCUGCGCUCAGGAAUCAGCUGACGAGCCUCAACUCCACCUCCAUCGCAUGGGCCCGUCUGCAUAGCAUCAAUGGUUCUAUGCAAGCCAUCACUAACCAUCUCCGUGACUAUCAGAGAUCCCUAAACAGGGCCAGGCAGCAGACCGAUGAGCUGGAAGAGGAGAACACAGACUUCGUUCAGGAUCUGAAUGCACUUCAGCACAAGGCAACAAUGACCCACAGAAAAGCAAACCAAGUAACAGAUGGCACAGAAGAGAACUACCAGCAUGCAGAGAGCCUUGUUCUAGAUAUCACUAACAUUCGGCACAAACUUGAUGAAAUUGUAUGCCAGAUGCAAAUCUUCACUGCCACAAAUGCCAGCACCACCACCACAGAGGAGUUCCGGCAGAAGUUGGCUGAGGUCCAUGCAAUGCUGAGGCAUAUGAAGGCCACGGAUUUUAGUUUCCAAAGAGCAACGGCCGCUGAAGAGCACGAUGAAGCCCAUAAAUUGCUGGACCGUGUGAAAACUGAGCUCUUCAACAAGUUGGAGUCCAACCAAGAACUGAUGAACCAAAUCAACGGCCAGUUGGAUCAGUACAGUUCAGAUCUGAUGGACCUGCGAGAUGCUCUGAACGAAGCUGUGAAUAAAACCCGUCAGACAGAGGACCUCAACAGCCUAAAUCGUAAUCACCUGGAGGAAACCCAGCAAAAGAGCAAGGAACUGCAAGAACAGUUUGGCCUUGUCCGGGAUACCUUGCGCAUGGCUGAAGAUUCCCUUGCCCAGGUCUCUGAUUUCCUGCAGAUAAUAGAAAAUGCCAAGGAGGAAUCUGAGAAGUUAGCAGCCCAGCUGGAUGGUGCCAGAUACCCCUUGUCAGAGAAGGCAAAGGAGUACUCUCUCGCUAGCACCAAGAUCCCAGUCGUUGAGGCAGCUGAAGAACAUGCAAGGCUUCUGGAUGAGCUGGCAAGGAAUUUGUCCAGCAUUAUCCAUGGCACGAACCAGGAUGGAUUCAUCCAGCGGGCAAUCAAUGCCUCCAACGCCUACGCCAGCAUCAUUGAGGCAGUGGGGAAUGCGCAGCGAGCAGCCAAUGAAGCUAAUAAUGCUGCCGGCGAAGCAUUGAUGAGUGUCAUCUUAGACGAUCUUGGGGCCGUGUCAAAAGAGAUGAAGAAAAACAGCACUGCCUUAGGAGAAGCUGUGAAGAGGGAGCAGAGGAGGCUCAGUGGAGACAUCAAGGGAGCACUACAGGCAGCCAAGGACAGAUUGGCUGGCAUGCAAACAAAGAAAGAGCAACUUCUGAAACAGCUGCAGUCGGUGAAGAGCACGUUGGACACGGUCCAAGGUUUGUCCAGGUUUCAGUCCCUUCAAAAACUCCCCAACGGCACGUCAGAAGCCAUCCAGAGUGCGAAAGACACUGCUGCGGAGGCUAGCGAAACAGUGGCUAGGAUGGAAGGUAGACUGAGCGAUAUGAAGAAGAAUCUUGAUGAAUGGAAGGAACAAUAUGGGGACCUUAAAAGCAACGAUUUAAAUCAAGCUGUUCGAGAUGCCAGGAACACAGUAUCAAGCCUUGAGAGCACCCUCCCGUUGCUCCUGGGAAAGCUGAGCAGUCUGGAGAACAGAAGGAGCCACAACGCAACCGUUUCAGACAAUAUUCUGCGGGUGCGCCAGCUGAUCUCACUGGCCCGGAAUGCCGUCAGUAAGAUCAAAGUCCCAGUGAAGUUCAAUGGAACUUCAGGUGUGCAGAUCCGGACUCCCAGCAACCUUCAGGAUUUGGCUGCCUACACUUCCCUCAAAUUCUACAUCCAGAACCCAGAGCCCAAACCGAGGCAGAGGCGUCAAAAUGGAGAUGACCCGGGGCGUUUUGUGUUGUACCUGGGGCACAGGAAUGGCACUGGUGACUACAUGGGCGUCAUCCUGAAAGACCGCAAGGUGCAAUGGGUCUACAGACUGGGGGAUGAGGAACCAACACAUUUAUCUGUUGAUGAAGAAAUUGGAGAGCAAUUUGCAGCAGUCAGCAUCAACAGGAUUUUGCAGUACGGGCACAUGUCUGUGACGGUGGAGAAGCAAACGUUGCACGAGACAAAAGGCGACAGCGUUGCCAAAGGAGAGCAGGGACUGUUCAACUUCAAGCCCCAAAACGUGGUCUUGUACGUGGGCGGCUACCCCCCCAGCUUCACGCCUCCGGCACCCCUGCGCUACCCUAACUACAAAGGCUGCAUAGAGAUGGAUUCUCUCAACGAAGAAGUCGUCAGCCUGUACAACUUCCAGCGCACCUUCCACUUGGACACUGCCGCCCAGAGGCCGUGCACAAGGUCUAAAUCGACAGGGGACCCCUGGCUGACCGACGGCUCCUAUUUUGACGGCACCGGUUAUGCAGAGAUCACGUUUGAGGGCCAGAGUGGCUCCUUCAAGCGCUUUGAACUAGAGAUGCGGCUGGUGUCGCACAACGGGAUCCUUUUCUUCCUGAAAUUUCAGAGACAGCUGAUCUGCUUGGCUGUUCAGGAAGGAAAGCUGGUGCUCUACUAUGACUUUGACGGAGGCCUUAAGGUGGCACAAGCCUCCAAGGAACCCGCUGCACUGGUAGCCAGCAGCAAUACAGAUAAAGUGAUCCAAAUAUUCCUCCACAAAAUGGGUUCCAAGGAUCGCGUUCUGGUGCGCCUGGAGCAAUCUACUGUCUUCAAUGUGGAGCAGGAGAACAAGCUGCAGAGUGCCACUUCCUACUUCCUGGGUGGUGCACCUACCUCCAUUCUGCCCGAAAGCCUGAAGAAAAUAUUCCCCAAAGGCGGAUCCAUCCGAGGCUGCAUGAAAGGAUUGAAGGCUCUUGGAAAAUAUGUUGACUUAAAACGUAUGAACACCACGGGAGUGAGUUACGGCUGUACCUCAGACCUCCUGGUGGCUCGCUCGGUUAAAUUUCACGGCCACGGCUUCUUGACGAUGUUGCUGCAGGAUGUGCCCUCUUUGCAAGAUUUCUACACUGGUUUCAGCUUCCGCACCACCCAGAGCCGUGGCUUGAUGUUCCACCAUGCUACAGAGGAGGGUACAUGCCAAGUUUCCUUGCAGAAUGGCAGAGUGGCCGUUAGCGUCCUCUCCACAGAGCUCACCACCAAGAACGCAUAUGCAGACGACACAAGCCACUAUGUUGCUAUCUACAGCGACUCCGCAGGAGUCCGGCUUUACGUUGACGAUCAGCUUCAGGGAACCCAACCAGGGCCUGAUGGCCACCGGAGGCAGAAGCGGCAAGAUGAGCUGGCCGUCUUUCAGCUAGGAGGCAUGCCUGAAGCCGGCGAAAUCGGCAACCUCACAGGGUGUAUCGGGAAUGUCUUCGUCAGGAGGAAAUCAGACCCGCAGAUGGUCGUGGACCUGCAGCAGAGCACCAAGAACGUCAACGUGAGCAUGAACUGCCCCAGGGAUAGGCAGCCCCAGCAGAUGAGGGCAUCGGAGAAGAAGGGCAAGUGGAAACCGAAGGUGCCAAGCAAGACAAUGCUGAGAGAUAUGAGCUGCCAUUUACCCAAACACCCACAAGCCUUUAAGAAUGCCUUCCAGUUUGGUGCGUCCCCAGUGAGCCGCUUGGAAUUUGAUGACAUUCCGGCAACAUUCCACGAAAGGUUUCACUUCUCCAUGGAGGUCAGACUGAACUCAUCCAACGGCCUCCUCUUUUACAUGGCCAAUGAAUCUCUGGGCUCCUUCUUCUCCCUCUUUGUCUCCAGCGGCCGCUUUGUGCUCUUGGCUGAUAUUGGCGGAAGGAAACUGAGAGUCAGGAGCAAAGACAAGUACCAUGAUGGAAGGUGGCACACAGUCUUCUACAGCAGAGACAGAAGCAGAGUCCAGCUCAUCAUCAAUGGAUUGAGAGCCCAGGAAAAGUCCCUGCCUGUUGCUGGAGACUUCUGGAUCACUGGUCCUUUUUACGUUGGAGGAGCCCCUGUGGAGAAAGCCAAAGCACAUAUACCAGAUGCUUCCGCUACCAGCUUUAAGGGGUGCAUCCGGCACUUGAAACUAGACAGGAAGCCUCUGGUCUCACCAUCCCGCCUCUUUGGUGUGACCCCUUGUUACGAGGGUCCUUCGGAAAGUGGCACCUUUUUCUCUGCUGAUGGAGGAUACGUGGCUCUAGACAGGUCCGUAGCUAUUGGGCAGGACUUUGAGUUGAUGCUGGAAAUUCGCCCCCGGAGUGCGUCUGGCUUGGUAUUUCACAUUGGCACAAGACAAACGAACUACCUCAGGCUGUAUACAGAUAAGGAAAAGGUCAGUGUGAUUGCAAACACUGGUGCUGGUGAAUUUGCCACCUCGGUGACCCAACCUUCACUCUGCGAUGGGCAGUGGCAUACGCUAGCAGUAAUCAAAAGCAGCAACGUGAUUCAGUUAGAUGUGGACACAGAGGGAAAUUACACUGUGGGACCCAACCAAGCCCAUGCUGCUGCCAUCAAAGAGAACUUCUACCUCGGUGGAAUGCCAGAACUCGGAGACACUGACCUCCCUUUGGCACCUGCGGCUCAUCUCCCCUCCUAUGUUGGCUGCAUGAAGAACUUGGUGAUCAACCGGAACCAAAUUAAUCUAAGAGAAGCUGGGACUGUAAAGGGAGCAGUAGGGCUCACAGGGUGCCCACUUAUGUAAAAACUAUUUGUACGUGUUAAGUCAGUACUGCAGAAAGCCACACGACCCUUCGGGAAGCCAGCAGAGUCCCUCAAGCUUGGGCACACACCGCAGCAUUCCUUGCCGCCUGGGGAUACAGUCCAUGUUCAGCACCAACAGCAGGUGUGUUGAGAGGGCAAGGAGGCCUCAUCCAUUUUUAUUUGUAAUUGAUGCUUUCCUGGCUUUACACAUUGUCCACAGUAAGGUUUUUGAAGAGGGCAAGGGCAUAUGGUAUAUUUAUAAUAGUACUGUUGAAGCAUAAGGUGUUCCCACACCUGGUAAGAUUCUAAUCAGGAUGAAUCUGUCAAUGUAGUUUGUGAACAACUGCUUCAGCCAGCUGAAAGACUCAAGGGACAGGAACAAAAUUAUUUAAGCACGUCUAAAUAUGAAAACUUUAUUGCUGCCAUAAUCUGAAUUGUAUUUCACCAUUUCUAAGCAGCUGGUGGCAUAAGAACCAUUUGGUCGGGGGCCAGUAUUUAUUUACUGAAAUAAUGAAAAACUACGCAAGAUGCAGAACUUGGAGCUUCAAAGCCAUUUUGCAUUGUGCUUGUCUAGUCUCUACCAACCAGACACCCGUUGUUUCAGCAAAACAGUAUUUCAUGUUUUUGGUGCUAAGUUAAUGAGUAGAAUUAAGUCCGUUGAUUAUGACUUGGGCAGAUAACCCUUAAUGUAUAAGGAAAGGAUGCAUCAAUUAAAUGUGCCCAUGAUGCCUCUCCAACCAUGUUAUAAACCAUCUUGUCAGGGUGAUUGUGCAAGCAAUACAGCCCUAUUUCCACGUGAGGUAGGAAGUUUAAUAUGUGCCUAGUAAACUGUCUGCUUAUUUAUUGCCCCAGGGCAAGAAGGCAACAGAGGACUAAGCUGCCAGCUGACUGUGCUCAAAAUUCAUUCUUGCAUGGGUUUAAGUCAUUCUUUACUCAAGAGUAGACCCACUGAAAUUAAGAAGCCCAUGUCCAUUAACAUCAACAGGUUUACUCUUGAAUGGGACUGGUACUGAAUACCACCCAGUGUUUCCCAACUCCCCCGGCACAUUAACUUCACAAUAACACCCCCCCCCCCAAAAAAAAAGUAUAUGGUGCACUUAGAGAUUGCCUUAUAUAUAUUUGUGUGUAUAUACAUCGUUCAUCACAUGGGUCAAGAUACUGCUUUGAAAAGGACUUUAUAACUUAUCAGUAUAUGGGCUGUUUUAAUGCUGGGGUACAUAUUGUAAAAUGGGUUUUAACAAUUAUUGGUUUUACUUUCAACCACUGUAAGUAUCUGUUUUUAAGCUGUACUUUUAAGGGAUGAUCUCUGUAAAUCACUGGUACAUACUUUUAAUUCAAAUAAAAUUUUAUGAUCUACAAUUCAUACAAACAA